AUGUCUCAGAACUCAUCAAAAUUAUCCUCAGACAUUCAGUGGAAAGGAUACGCUAUAGAAAAUACGGAUGAUUGGAGCAACUUCAAAGUAAUAGACUUCAAACCUAAGCCAGCUGGCGACUACGAUAUCGAUAUCAAGAUUGCGUAUUGCGGUGUAUGCGGGAGCGAUGUCCAUACCAUCACUGGCGGUUGGGGAGCACCUCACCUGCCGUUGAUUCCUGGCCAUGAAAUAACAGGAGUAGCCGCUCGCGUAGGACCGAAAGUCACCAGUAUUAAAGUCGGUGACCGCGUUGGAGUUGGUGCUCAAAUCUGCUCCUGUUUGAAAUGCGACUUGUGUAAAGGAUAUAACGAACAAUACUGCCCUGAUGCAGUUGAUACGUAUAAUGGCGUCUAUCCAGACUCGGGAACUGUCUCCCAAGGAGGCUAUUCUACGGCCAUCCGAGCACACGAGCAUUUCGUGUUCCGGAUUCCAGACAACAUCAAAUUUGAGGAGGCCUCACCGCUCUUUUGCGCUGGAACGACGGUGUAUUCUCCUCUUGUGAGACAUGGUGCUGGUCCCGGAAAACGCGUUGGGGUCGUGGGGGUCGGAGGUCUCGGUCAUCUUGCUCUCCAGUUUGCUAAAGCAUUAGGAUGCGCCGACGUCAUUGCUUUCUCUCACUCUCCGUCCAAGAAUGAGGACGCAUUGAAGAUGGGCGCAACUAGGGUCAUCAACACUGGCGAACAAGGCUUCGAGUCUUCAGUUAAAGGCAAACUUGAUUUAAUAAUCAGUACUGUAGACGAUUUCGGUGCCCUACCCCUUCAAGAGAUUUUAUCCACCCUCAAAAUAGGAGGCCGUUAUAUAAUGGUUGGCUUACCCGACGACAACCUGCCAAAGAUGAAGGCAAUGGAUCUGGUUGCAAAGGGCGUGUUGCUGGGAGGUAGCAAAAUUGGCAGCAGGAAAGAAAUUGUAGAGAUGUUGAAACUAGCGUCGGAAAAGAAUGUCCGUCCAUGGAUUCAAGUUCUCCCAAUGAAAGAUGCUGGAAAGGCAGUGAAAGCGUUGAACGAGAAUAAAGUAAAAUAUCGUGAAGUGUUGAGGCAAGAUAUAGAUGGAAAACAGAUCAACUAG